AUGGCGGGGUCCCCGGACAGAGAGAAGGGCGAAUGGGCUUUAUGCUUUUGGUGCUGCUCUCCUCAGGACUGCUCAGAGGUCUAUGGCAAUAGCUUCACCCACAGUGGAGUGUUUACCAUCUACCCUGCAGGCCCCACCUCUGCUGUCUACGCCUACUGUCACAUGGACACUGAUGGAGUGAAAUGGACUGUCUUCCAGAGACAAAUGGAUGGGUCUGUGAACUUCUACAGAGCAUGGGACCACUACAAAAAUGGCUUUGGGCAUGCUGCAGGAGAAAAUUGGGUUGCCGGUUUGGAGACCCUCGAUCACCUGUCCAGGGGUAAGAAGACAGAGCUGUGGGUGGACAUGCAGGACUUUGAGGGCCAGAAGGUGUUUGCUUUCUACCGUUCCUUCUACAUUGACUCAGGGGACAUGUCUGUGAUAUGA